CCGCAAGCCCAUUCAUCUGUGCACUUGGGCGUUGGACCCCGCAUCUUAUUAGCAACCAGGGAGAUUUCUCCAUUUUCCUCUUGUCUACAGUGCGGCUACAAAUCUGGGAUUUUUUUAUUACUUUUUUUUUUUUAACUACACUUGGGCUCCUUUUUUGUGCUCGACUUUUCCACCUUUUUUCCCUCCCUCCGGCGCUGCUGCUUUUUGAUCUCUUCGACUAAAAAUUUUUUCUCCGGAGUGUAUUUAAAUCGGUUCUGUUCUGCCUCUUCACCACCCCCACUCCCCCCUCCCUCCGGUGUGUGUGCUGCUGCUGCUGCCGCCGCUGCCGCUGCUGCUGCUCGCCCCGUCGUUACACAAACCCGAGGCUCUUUGUUUCCCCCUUUGGAUCUGUUGAGUUUCUUUGUUGAAGAAGCCAGCAUGGGUGCCCAGUUCUCCAAGACUGCUGCGAAGGGAGAAGCCGCCGCGGAAAGGCCCGGGGAGGCGGCUGUGGCCUCGUCGCCUUCCAAAGCGAAUGGGCAGUGACGCUCCCGCUUUCUCUGCCCUGCAGGAGAACGGCCACGUGAAGGUGAACGGCGACGCUUCACCCGCGGCCGCCGAGCCGGGCGCCAAGGAGGAGCUGCAGGCCAACGGCAGCGCCCCCGCCGCCGACAAGGAGGAGUCGGUGGCUGCCGGGAGCGGGGCGGCGUCGCCCGCCGCGGCCGAGAAGGAGGAGCCGGCCGCCGCCGCCACUGAGGCUGGGGCCGUCUCUGCGGAGAAGGAGGCCCCCGCGGAGGGCGAGGCCGCCGAGCCCGGGUCGCCCACGGCCGCAGAGGGCGAAGCCGCGUCGGCCACCUCCUCGACGUCUUCGCCCAAGGCCGAGGACGGGGCCACGCCCUCACCCAGCAACGAGACCCCGAAAAAAAAAAAGAAGCGUUUUUCCUUCAAGAAGUCUUUCAAGCUGAGCGGCUUUUCCUUCAAGAAAAACAAGAAGGAGGCAGGAGAGGGCGGUGAGGUGGAGGCCGCAGCUGGCACCUCCGCCGACGGCGGCAAGGACGAGGCCGCAGGGGGUGCCGGUGCGGCCGCCGCCGACACAGGCGCGGCCUCUGGGGAGCAGGCGGCGGCGCCCAGCGAGGAGGCCGCCGCAGGCGAGGAGGGGGCGGCGGCGAGCGGCGACCCGCAGGAGACCAAGGCGGAGGAGGCCGCUGUCGCGCCCGAGAAGCCGCCUUCCAGCGAGGAAGCCAAGGCCGCCGAUGAGCCCAACAAGGCAGAGGAGAAGAAGGCCGAGGAGGCCGGGGCCAGCGCCUCCGUCUGCGAGGCGCCCUCAGCCACCGGGCCCGGCGCGCCCCCAGAGCAGGAGGCGGCCCCUGCGGAGGAGCCCGCGCCCACCGCAGUGUCAUCAGCCUGCGCAGCCCCCUCACAGGAGGCCCAGCCCGAGUGCAGUCCAGAAGCCCCCCAAGCAGAGGUGGCAGAGUAAAAGGGCCAAAUUUUUUGAGAUAAUCGAAGAACUUUUCUCCCCUGUUUGUUUGUUGGAGUGGUGCCAGGUACUGGUUUUGGAGAACUUGUCUACAACCAGGGAUUGAUUUUAAAGAUGUCUUUUUUAUUUUACUUUUUUUUUUU